AUGCAAUAUCUUCAACCUGUUCUUUGUACAGAAUAGCCAGCUGAAGAAUCAAUAUUGCUUUAAUUCAAUUAAUCAUCUCAAGCAAAGGCAGCAUUACAAAGUCCAAUUUUGCAAAACGAAAAUUACUUCAUUAAUUCGGCUAAUAAGGACUUAAUCAAACUUCAUGACACCAAUAAAGGAAAAGGCAGGGUCAUCGUUGAUCCAAUACUUUCAUAUAAGACAUUUUAUUCAUUCAAUUAUGAAGAAGCGAAAAUACUUGACAAAGUUUUCGAGAAUUCAUUUUAACCUAAUAAAUGA